AUGGGCGAAACAGAAGAGCCAAAGAAGGAGAGAUUUGCUCCAAAGGAGCCAGUGACCCUGAAUCCGCCCAAGGACGAUGUCAUAGCCCGCGAUUACCUUGCCAAGUGUAAUGGCACAAAUGACGGCUACCCUACCUUAGUUGGUAUCAAGGGAGAUGUCUUUGAUGUUAGCGGAAAGGAAACAUACGCACCUGGCAAGGGUUACCACGUCUUCGCUGGCAAGGAGCCAAACUGUGCACUUGGCAAAUCCUCCCUGAAACCAGAAGAUUGCGUGUCAGACUACUCCGGGCUUUCCGAAACUGAGACGAAGACUCUCAAUGACUGGCACACCUUCUUUAGCAAGCGAUACAACAUUGUUGGUCGUCUACAACCAGAGAACGAAUCACGAAUUUGA